AUGGCACCAUCGCCCUUCAAAAUCGUCAUUGUUGGCGCUGGUCCCGCAGGUCUCGCUACAGCACUGGCCCUCAUUCAUCAGCGCAAGAAUGAUGCCACCACAGCUUCUCCGGUACGCAUCACCGUUCUUGAGAGGCGUGAUUCUGUGCAGACGCUUGGCGGCGCCAUCAACCUCACACCUCUGGCUCUGCGAUAUCUUGACUCACUGGGCGCUGGGAAAGCACUAAGAGAGGCAAGCAGCCCUGUAAGCGCCAUCGAACUUGUCGGUCAUCGCCUCGGGAAUAUACUGGUUAAGCUCUGGCCCGGUGUCGACGCUAUCCGCAUCCUGCGCCAAACGCUAGUUGAGGGUCUCCUCGCCGCUUUGAAAGAACAGUCAUCAGAUGAUGGCGAUGUUACCAUAGUGUAUGGAGCCAAGAUCACUACCAUGGAACAAUUUGGGUCUGAAGACAGUAGCAGCGAGGGAGUACGCGUGGCUUGGACGCAAAACGGUGCGGAGCACACCGCAGACGCGCAUCUCCUCAUUGGAUGCGAUGGUAUUCACUCCCAGGUUCGCACCGCACUUGUUGAUCCGGAGAGAGAGAAAACGUACGCGGGCCGCAGCAAUGCCUACGGCUAUGCCAAGGUCACUCCAGAAGAGGCGACAAGAUGGACUCGCUCUGAUGGUGAACCACUUAUCAAAGAUACAACUCUGAUCCAGAAUGGCAGCAAUUCUUUGCUUGUAACUUAUUUCCAAAAACCAGAAGAACGGGAUGCGCUGUACCUUGCGUCUUUGACUCCCACCCCAGAGCCGUCGGGUGGCUCAAGAGAAGGCUGGUCAGUCCUAGGAGCCGACAAGGAGGGCAUCAAGCAGUCCAUUUUGGAUAACUACAAGAAUGGCCCACUCAAAUGCCUACCCGAUAUUCUUGAUCGAUGUCAGGAGUGGUUCUUCUUCCCCAUAUACAUGCUCUCACCAGGCGGCCGUUGGUCAAAGGGUAGAGUGCAGCUUCUCGGAGACGCCGCGCACGCUAUGCCUCCGCAAGGCGAGAGCACCGGCGUUGCCAUUGAAGAUGGCAUAUUGAUGGCUCAUGUCUUAUCGCGACGUGACUCUCGAACUGUGCCGCAGAUGCUGGCUGACUAUGAACAGCUGCGUCGCAAAGAUAUCGACACGCUGUAUAUCACCACAAUGCGCAGAUUUCAAACUAAAGGCCCGACGAGCUGGUUGGGUCUCGUUGCGUGGGAUUGGCUGGCAUGGUUUGUCUGCUCUUAUACCAACUGGACGAGUGACCACUUUGCACGCGAUGUCCGUUUCUUUGAGUUGCCAGAAUAA